AACAAAACUUUGGGCACAGUCUGUUGGGCACAGUCGGACGUUUGUCUUGUCACUCGUUGCAAGCUAGCUCUAAACCUAUAGUCGGUUUUCUCCGCGCUCUUUGCCAGUGUCCAGAUUUGCAACCGCUGUAUAGCUGGAAAUAAAGACAACAUUAGACAUGGACACUGACACAGAUCACCAACAAAACAACGAUGGCAAGUAACUUAGAGGGUCUUCAAAUGUGCAAAGUUGACCAGCAUUUAUUUUGACUAAUUAACUGUUACCGUUAUACUAACGUUAGCUGUGAAGGCCCAGUACUAUUUGGCUAGCUACAUCUCAAAUGCUAAACGAGCAUCUCUAAAAAUGUACCAGGUGAAUGUGUUAGUUGAAGUGCCUAGCGAGCUUGAAGCGAGGCAUAUUAUUGUGUUUGUGUUUUUAGACGUUAACAAUGGUGAUGAUUGUUCAACAAAAGCUGCCCCGACCUCCCAGAUUCCUGGGCUGUCUGAAGAUGCUAACAAUGGUCCUGAGGAGAGGAGUAAAGGGCGCCGUACGGGAGUUAAUGAGUCCGAUUCUGCUUAUACUAAACUGGCUAAACAAGGAGGACAGAGGGGUUUAUUGUGGCAUGAGGAGACCAACUUGGACACCAAACCUAACUCUGCAUCAUCUUACAAGCCUCCUAACUGGUUCUCUGGUUCUCCAAAAGCUAAAGAGCAAGCAAGCCCAACUGAGAGUUUCCAAAACUACAUGUCAACUAAUGCUCCUUUUGGGAGUGAUAAUAAGUCAACUUGGGAAAGGGACUUUGAUGACAAAGAGAAGAUAUCUCCCAACAGCCAAAUGGAGAACUUGUCCUUAGCAUCAGGAAAGAACGAAGAGGCAGCAGGCAAUUUCAAGAAAACCCCAGCAGCCCUGCUACCAAUUGAUGGGGCUGAAGAAAAAUCUCAGAAUUCGAACCCUGUCAACAUGGGUACGCUCUUGAGCUUCGGCUAUUUAGAGGACAAGAAAGGGGCACCCAAUAUGCAUUCAUCAAAUUCCAAGGAGUAGAAAGGAGCAAAGGCAGUUGAGGAUGACUGACUCCUCAAUGUUCACCUCCACAACGUUCCUUCACCGGGGUUUGCCUGUUCAAAACCACAUAUAAUAUAGGUCAAUUAAAGAAGUUAAUUUUGGUUAGAGUUUUAGCACUCUUGUUAUUCCACCUCUGUGUGUGCUUGUUCCAAGAAGUAUACACAAUUGCAAAACUAGAUUCUACGUUAGUUUGCGCUCACAGACCCGUUCUGUGCCUGAAGUUGUUGCUAAUGAACUGCAUUUGCACUGUAACACUAACUUAAUGUAACUUAAUGUAGCCCGAGCUAUGCUCUUGUUUGUCUGUUGUAGUAGUUUUUUUUGGAAUGAUGAUUUGCUUUUUAAAAGGUGUCUGUGGCUUAGAGGGGCUCCUCUAAAAAUGCCUGCUGUUUUGAAGUGUCUUUUUUUUUUUGUGCCUCUGUGGUUGCUAUAAAGAUUUCUGUUUAAAAAUAAAUGUGUUGUGCAUAGGAA